UUUUGCGGUCUUUGUUUGGCUAUGAUGAUGGACUUGCACAACGAAAGGGAGGGACGAAGGUGUCUGGUAUAAUCCAUUCCAUCCCGGUUAAAAUAUCCGCUGAUUUGCCAUCAAGCGUACGGUAUUAGAUAUUUCAAGAAACGUUUGAAUAUGGCAAGUCAAGAUGGAGAAGUAUCGAGCGGUGAACGGGCCGUAAAAAAUGUGCCAAUGCCUCCGACACACAAGCUUACGAUGUCCGAUGUGUUUGACGAAGCCGGAAAGCCGAGACAUGCUGUCUUAAAGGCCCAUUUCGUUCAAGAAGGACGAAUCGAGGAAGAUGUCGCCUUGCGAAUUAUUCGCGAUGCAACAGCGAUUCUGCGUAAGGAAAGGAACGUUUUGGAGGUUGAAGCGCCUAUAACAGUUUGUGGUGAUAUACACGGACAAUUUUACGAUUUGAUGAAACUUUUUGAAGUCGGUGGCUCGCCUUCGACCACUCGUUACCUCUUUCUUGGCGACUAUGUGGACAGGGGCUAUUUUUCAAUCGAGUGUGUUUUGUAUCUAUGGACUUUGAAAAUUUUGUACUCAAACACGCUGUUUUUGUUAAGAGGAAACCACGAAUGCAGACAUCUCACGGAGUAUUUUACUUUUAAAACGGAAUGUAAAAUAAAGUAUAGUGAAGCGGUUUACGAUGCUUGUACGGAGUCUUUCGACUGUUUACCGCUGGCCGCUUUGAUGAACCAGCAGUUCUUGUGUGUGCACGGUGGUCUAUCUCCUGAGAUACACACUGUUAAUGAUAUCCGCAAGUUGGAUCGUUAUAAAGAACCACCAGCCUUCGGUCCAAUGUGUGAUCUGCUGUGGUCAGAUCCCCUGGAGGAUUAUGGGAACGAGAAAACUAGUGAAAACUAUAGUCAUAACAGUGUUAGAGGCUGCUCGUAUUUUUACAGCUACCAAGCAAUAUGUGAGUUUUUACAAAACAACAAUCUGCUUUCUGUGAUACGCGCCCACGAGGCACAAGACGCUGGGUAUAGGAUGUAUAGAAAAAGUCAAACUACUGGAUUUCCAUCGCUAAUUACAAUCUUCUCUGCACCAAACUAUUUGGACGUCUACAAUAACAAAGCUGCCGUGUUAAAAUAUGAAAAUAAUGUCAUGAACAUACGACAGUUCAACUGCUCGCCUCAUCCAUAUUGGUUGCCUAACUUCAUGGACGUUUUCACGUGGUCCUUACCAUUUGUUGGCGAAAAAGUGACAGAGAUGUUAGUGAACAUUCUCAACAUCUGCACGGAUGAAGAGCUGGACGAUGCCACAGAAGAUGAGGAGAAAACAAGAGAAGCAGCCAAGAGAAAGGAGGUUAUUCGUAACAAGAUACGAGCUAUUGGCAAGAUGGGACGGCUCUUCAGUGUAUUAAGGGAGGAAAGUGAUAGUAUCUUAAAGUUGAAGGGACUAACACCAUCUGGGUAUCUCCCUGCUGGGAUGCUCUCUGGUGGCCGAGAUUCUUUGCAAGCAGCUUUGAGUGGCGAGUGGAACCAUCACAAGAUCAAAACGUUUAAAGAAGCAAGACAUCUCGAUCUUGUGAAUGAACGGAUGCCGCCUAGAAAAGAAUCUACUCCUCCCAGUCCGAAAAAGACGUGAUCAUAUCACCCCGUUCUAAAUCUCAACACACUCUCGCCUCCCCUCUAAGACAAGACCUUUUCAGAUGCAAUUAAGUUGGCUAACUUUAUAGUUACACAGACUCAUAUUCCACUAACAGAACGCUAAGGCCAAAAAAAUAGUCCGGCCUAAAAGCAUUUUAAAAUUCCUGGACGUUAAAGCACAUUGUUUCCUAAUGUUUUAUAGCUAGUAGUACCUAUAGAUAUAGCCACCUUAAGUCUAAAAAGGUUAAUCUUAGCUGGAUAUAAUGUUAAAUAAAGUUUACGGAUAAUUCUUAAUGCAUCAAGUCAUGAAAAGGCCGGUUUGCAGUUGCGAUUAUUACUGCGAGUUUCUUCUUUUGACUGAUGUGAAAGAGGGGGAGUUGUGGAUGCUCUGAUGUACUUUAUUUGAGAAGCCGUAGCUUGCACACUCGAUCACAUUUAUCAAAAGGCGAUAAUCGGAGCAAUAAUUACACGUGUAAACAAGCCUCAAGUUUACUUUCGUGGAGUUUGUGUCAAUUUUUGAAACUGGUAUAUAUAAAAUUGCUAUAAUAUGAUUGGCCUUCAAAGGUGCGUCUUAGCUGUCCGUGGUUGGGUGACGUGCUGAUUUUCAGGAAACGGAUAACAUCGACGUAGACCAGAUGCAUCUCCGUGAAGAUGAUUGGCAGUGCAGAAAAGUGCAGCAAACAGCUUUUAGUGGCCAAAUUGAAAACUGAUUCGCUUCUGAAAAUAUACAAUCUUAAAAAUUGUGAAUUCAUUCUCUGACUUAUACAGAUUAUUUAUUGUAAGAUUGUAAUGGCUUGAUUUGUGAUAUACAUAUGUAAUACCAGACUUUGAUGGUUUGAAAAUAUGGCGCAUGAUGAAAUAUUGCUAUUAUGUACACGCGAAUGAAAUAAACUCCUUUUUAUGAGU